UUCUACUACAACCAAUCACGUGGGGUUAAGUAAGCACUGUGGGCGGUACAGGAAAAGAGACAGUAGUGAAAAUCCUAGGCACUGACAGGAAGCUGGUCUUCCCUAUAACAGGACAACUGGACAGUAGGCUUUUAACAUGGAUUUUGUGAUACCUGCAACAAUUUCUAUGAGUACGGAAUGGGCAUAGCAAUCCUGGAGCGCUCCAUAGCAAGCUGGACCAAGUUAUUGUUCUAAAGAGGCCAACACUGUCAGAAAUGGAGAGAGAAGGCCUGGAAUGGAUUGGGGGUUUUCUGCAUAUGUUGGUGUCUUGGGGUGCUUCCUCUGCCAUGAUCUUUGGAGGUGUAGUUCCAUAUAUACCCCAAUACAGGGAUAUCAGAAGGACACAGAAUGCAGAAGGAUUCUCCAUAUAUGUUUGUCUUAUGCUGCUAAUAGCCAAUAUACUGCGAAUACUGUUCUGGUUUGGACACCACUUUGAAUCACCUCUCCUUUGGCAAAGUAUUAUUAUGAUUGUUACAAUGCUGCUUAUGUUGAAGCUGUGUACAGAAGUGCGUGUGGCAAAUGAGCUGAACCCAAAGCGGCGAUCAUUCACAGCCUCAGAUAGUAAGGAUGAAGAACUCAAAACUCAUCCCAAGAGAUGCUUUCUGGAUUUUGAUACAGCUUUCUUUUGGCACUGGAGCAGAUUCAUAGACUUUAUACAGUGUGUUCUGGCCUUCACUGUUGUGACAGGAUACAUCACUUACCUCUUCCUAGACUCUUCACUUUUUGUAGAGAUAUUGGGCUUCCUUGCCGUUUUCACCGAGGCCUUGCUUGGUGUGCCUCAGCUUUACAGAAAUCAUCAGAACUACUCUACUGAGGGAAUGAGCAUCAAAAUGGUACUGAUGUGGACAAGCGGGGACACAUUCAAGAGUGCGUACUUUGUUCUCAACCAGGCUCCAUUCCAGUUCACUAUAUGCGGCCUGUUGCAGGUCUUUGUAGACAUUGCCAUCUUGCUGCAAGUUUACAUAUACAGUGCCUACCCCCAGAAGCCAGUAUCACACGCUACACAUGCUACUGGUGCCAAAGCUCUCUAAUUAGGAGAGAAAAUUAAUGGUAUUAUACAUGAUGGUGUCAGUGCAACGUUUUCAGAACCAGUAAUCCUUGUAUCUGGUGCUGGGUCUACCUGUAUUCCUGCAGGUUAUUCAUAUACUGCAGUGUUCUCUACCAUUUUAUAUAAACUCUUACUCUGCCUCAUCUUCAAGCAUGUCUCUCCUGCAAAGCCAAUGCUCGCAUUUUGUAUUCUGAACCAAGGACCAACUGAGUGUAUUGUAUGUAUAAUAGACUUUUUUGAUUGUCAAGAACUGGACAAAAUAUGCUGAUUUCAUGAUCUUUGGCCUCAGUAACAUUUUGCUUAUUUUCUCUCUCCUCUCAAGAAUAUUUGUUUUCCAUACCGUCAAAUGUGGGUCCAUUAUGGCUGCACCUAAUACAAGUUUGACUUGGAUUUUGGUUGAGACCUAGGUUUUUAUGUGUAAUGGAAGAUUGUGAUUGAGAAUAAGCCUUACGAUUCAGCCAGAUACAUCCAACCUCUAGUUUUUAUGUGCCUUCCCCAAACCAAACACAACAAAGCUGGUGCCAUUUUUUAAGUGUUUUAGACACCAGCACUCAAAUUGUAGUAUGGCAAGUGUGAACAAUAAGAGAUUUUUUGCCUGGUGUAAUGUCUUAAAUAUGACUAUUAACAUUAUGGGGGUUAUUUAUUAAAGUCCGAAUGCCAAAAACCCAAAAAGUUUUUUUGAUCAUAAAAUCUUGAAUUUUUCG